CAUAUUUCUCUCACCACAGAAAGUAAGCAUGGGGGAAGAAGAAGAAGAGGGUGAAGAGGUGAAGGAAAUGAAUGUAGGUCUAAAGGACCUCUCAAGAAAGCUCGAAGAGUUUGCCAAGGAAAGAGACUGGGAACAAUACCAUAGUCCUAGAAAUCUUCUUCUUGCAUUGGUUGGUGAAGUAGGGGAGCUUUCAGAAAUAUUCCAAUGGAGGGGUGAGGUGCCUAAGGGCUUACCAAAUUGGGAGGAAUCAGAUAAGGAACAUUUGGGGGAAGAAUUAUCUGAUGUACUGUUAUACCUUAUCAGGCUUGCUGAUAUAUGCGGCAUUGAUCUUGGAGAUGCUGUCACUAAAAAGCUUGUCAAGAAUGCAAUCAAGUACCCACCCAAGCUCCUUUAGAUAAUAAUGGACCAAUGUUGGUGUUAUUAUCUUCUAUUUUUUCUUUAAGUUGGUGAGUGCUUGUAUUGUGAGAACAUUUUGUAAUAAACUUGUCAUUCAGAAGUUCAUCGGAAACAAUCAAAGUAUUUUGAGUUAACA